CACCGACUGCUGCCUUUUGAUGAAGCACAGGCGGCGAACGACUUUGGAGCUCUCUCAUUGCUCAUCUUGUGCUUUUGGAAGCGAAUUGCCUAUCAAAAGCUUACAAGCGAUAGCGAGUUUGGCUCAACUAUUGCGCCAUGUACAAGGAAUGGAAGAUUGAAGAGGAGGAGGAGGAGGAGGGUGACCAGAUCGACGACGAUAUCGACCUGCUCUAUAGCAAGCGCAGGACGCUCCUACAGCGCAGAAAUGAUCCGCACGGCUACAACGCGGCCGCUCAACAGGGCAAGAAAGCAGGGCGGAUUCGCAACCCAGCACAGAAAUUGCCUGCCAAGCGCCUGGACGAGCUGCUUGAAGAUCUAUUCGAAGCAGAGGAUUCAAUACCCAGCAUCGACGAGAUUCGAGCUCUGGAGCGAUCAGAAGGCAGGGCUUGGUCGAAUACGUUCUUUGAGCUGGUAGAUGACACCAAGGUGGUCCUCAAGGAGCAAGAGGUUGUCCAGCUGCUAAAACUCAUCCGCGCCGCGAACCAGGACUUCAAAGAGUUUGCUCUUUCGGAGGUGCUCGACAAGGCGGCUCUGGAGAAGAUGUACCCGCCUCCACGCCAGCUGUACGAGAUACAGCACGAAAGCCUGCUUCGCCUGCUAAGAAUCCUUGAGCGUACAACCACAGCUUCAGAUGGAGUGCAACCAGUCGCAACGAACAGGUCAAUUGUUGCCAAGAGCGCGGCAAGCAGCAAGAAGAACAAUUGCAAGAAGCGCAAGAGAGGCAGUCCGUCCAAAAGCUCGAAGGAGAUGCAGGAGGAUUACGGUCUUAGCGAAGAUCUCGAAGCGACUGAUGCAGUCAUGCGCGAUGUAUCUGCAGACUCUGGGUUGCAUGUCGAGACGACAGCCAGCGUUGGCGAGGCGAACAGUGACGUGAUCACGAAUAUCGCGAAAGACCGGGCAGCAUACAUUCAGCAUUGCAGCAUCCUAUCGCGCGGCUGCCUAGGGGCUGAAUGCACUUUUGCGCUUAUGAGCGGUCGCAACCCGCCCAAGUCACUGUUAUCCGAAGACGCAAUCCAAGCUGCCUUGGAGCCGCUCAAGAUCUGCGUGCAGUCCAUCAUCACCCACUACAUCGAGGCCUCCCCUGAGGCGACCCUUCCUGCUGCUGGCUCGAUCGAGCAUUUCUUCACCCAGCUCAUCCGUGAUGUGACGCCGCGCAAAGCCACAAGAAAGAAAGGAAGCAAGGACUCUGCUGCUGCUCUUGCCGACUCUGCCGCGACACUGGAUGCUGUCGCGUUCACGAGCGCCUCGCAGUGCAUUGAUGCUACUAAGCAAGUUUUCGACGUGACACACUCGGCUCUGCUUGCUGUGCAGCGGCUUUGCAUUUCGGACACUGUCCCACUUUCGGACGCGGUCGCCAUCACGCUUGUCUACCUCACCCUCAAACCUUUCUUCAUGGCGGAGUCUGAUCAUGGAGGUGCAAGUGUAAUGGCAAACACAAGCACGAGCACAAGCGCAAGCACAUGCACAGGCUCCACCACAGGUAGCAAUAGCAAAUCCAAGGCAGUCGCGAGCGCAUACAGCCAGCUGGAUGCGAUUGGCGGGGCGUCCGCGCCAGGCAAGCUCCGCAGACCUUGUCUGAGCAUUCUUUGCUUUAUCUUUGGCAAGCAUGCUCAACAGCGUACAUGGAUCGUCGAGGAGAUUCUGUCGAGCUUGAUCAAAUUGCCGGAUAUGAAAAAGGGCCGGAAGCAGUAUCGUCUCUCCACAGGCGCCUUGGUCCAUCCUAUCAAUGCUCUGCUGCUGCAACUCAUUCAGAGCGCGGCAGACGUGUCCUUGUCUCCUUCUUCAGCCAUACUGGGUCUCGGCACGUCUGCGCGUGAUAUCGAGAUGAGCGAUGAUGACUUGGGCGGCGUCAGCGGGGGAGAAAGCGAGGGCAGCGCCUCACACAUCAGCUUCUCUCUUGAAGGAUGCAUAUCGGCUUCCCAGGCUGUGACGGCAUACCUGGUACACAAGCUUCAAAAUCAUGGCAAGGUUGUCAAGUCGUCCUCAGAUAUGAGCUAUGUCAGCAUUAUCGAGAAUCUCAUCGUCGAUCUAGUCUCUAUGCUCUUCUCGAUCGACUGGCCUGCAGCUGCUCUACUCUUGACUCGCCUCUCCGCUGCAUUUGCAGCCCUUUUGGAGGAUAAGGCGAGCGCAGAUGCCAAAGGCGUGGCCAUUGACCAGCUCGGUCUCGUCGCUGCCGCUCUGCGUCGUGCGCAGCUCAUCAUGGUCGACCAUUCGUUGCCGCUCUCGCGUCUCGGAGUCCACACCAACGCGGACGAUCUGAACAAGAUUGUCGAAGCAUACGUAGAAACCAUUCAGCAUCUCGAUCGGCAACAGGGUGGCGACGUUGUCGCUAUCGAAGCCGCAACGAAUUACUGGCAGGCUCAAGGGCUUGGCGAUCUUUCUGCGCUGCUCAGUCACUUUGAGGAGAGGGGCGGCGCUGGUAGUGAUGAUGCCGAAUCAACUUCCGCGAUUACCCGGCUGCGAGACGCAGCGCGGACUGGCAAAGAAAAAAUCAGCCGGCUGUACGGAGCCCAGCAGCAGCGUCAGCACCAGCUUGUGACGGCCUCUGAAGUCAAAUCCGAGUUCGAGAACGACACUCCAAUCACAAGACUCACGGAGAUGUUGACACUGACAAGCAUGAGCUUCGUGUCCUUCGAAUUCGUCAAGAAACGCCUACUAAAAUCUGUAGACGAGCAAGCGGUAGGCAAUCGUGCCAAAGCACUCAGAGCAAUCGGCGCCAUCAGCAUCGUUGAUGCUGACUUGCUCGAAGACGAACAGAUCUGCGGCAUGGUCGAGACGCGGCUGGCGGAUAGUAGUCCCGGUGUGCGCGACACAGCCGUCAAUCUGCUGGGGAAAUAUCUCUUGCGCAAGCAGGAUCGGAUCUCUCAUCAUUUCCGUCAGCUGCUGAAUCGCCUACAUGACUCAAGCUUGGCCGUUCGCAAACGUGUCACCAAGCUGCUCACCGGGUUUUACGACGUGCUCGAAGACGAUGACCUUCGCGUUGAGCUUUGCGUACGAAUCGUGCGUUGCGUUCUCGAUGAAGAUUCUGGACUCCAACAGCUUGCGCUCAAUGCCAUUGGCCAAAUCUGGUUUGGCCAGGCGUUGAUACAGGAUGGCGACGUCAAGCCGCCAGCUGCAACACCGCCUGAACACACCAAUGUGCUCGCUCGGAUCAAGUUCGAUAAUUCAAAGUCGUCGCGCUUGAGCCGUGCACCGAGCUCCUCUGGUGCCUCGGAGAGCGAAGCAGGCGUAGAUGACCUUGCAAAGCAUGCUGUCAUUAUCACAAGGGUAUGCGGUCAGCUAAGAGAGCGUCCAUCCCCGCUUGAGGAGGUCUUCAAGCGCAUCGGCCAGAGCUCGACCGAUCCAGGUCUUGGGCCCAGCGUCCAUCGGAAAUUCAAAGGCUUGCUCGAACGCCUGAUCAACAGCCUCGUCACAGAGGAGCCUCAACAGCCUGAAGCUUUGUUCAACUGCAUCAAGGCAAUACAUACCAUUGUUUCUACGCACCCAACCACAUUGUCCGUAUCCAAGACGAAAGCGCUGCUGCCGUACCUCAAGAGCUCGCAGACACCAGAGGAGUUACAGAUCAUGGAGUUGCUUCUGAGGAUAUUCCAUGCGAGGCUCCCGACUCUACCACGGAGCGCGUUGAUCUUCGCGGAGCAGCUGCAAAGGACGCUCAUCUCGAUGGUCAGCAAGCCACCCGCAGUUUCGCCAACGUCGCCGCUCAUGCAAGAACUCAUCGCGUGCUUCUGCACGACCAUUAAAGUCUUAACCCAUGAUUAUAAGAUCCUGGUCCGCACACUUGAAGCUUGCGCGAGCCGCACUAGCAGAACACUAUCGCGUGCGAUGUCAGAAAUGGAUUACAAGCCAGACCGUUCUGCCGCUCUUGUCAUCGCGAUGACAACCCUGCUGUGCGAGAAUGCCGACUAUGACAAGAUGCGUGCAGAAGUUCCCGAACUGCGCGUCGACCUCGAUAGAUUCAGCAAAGGGUCUAUCUUGGACUCUGUUUACAGCAUGCUUCUGCAGCUGUACGAAGCGAAGUUUGAGGGAUGGCAGCUGAUUGCUCUCCAGAAUCUCGGCAUGCUUCUGCGAAGCUAUGCCCAUCUCUGGACCCUGCCGAGCACGGUCGCCCUCAUGGACGCCGUCUUCGCCGGAGAUAAUGCGAGGAAAAAGGAACUUUUGUUGCGCAUCAUGUCCGAGUACCUGACUCGAGAGGACGAGCGCAAGGCUGCUGAGUUACGAGCGUUCUCGGAACAGGUUGCACGCUCCGCCCGAAAAGGCGUGGAUAUGAGCCAGCUUGUUGGCAAUACGGAAGCCUUUGCAGACUCGAGUGUAUCGACUCAACUUACUCAGCAUUACCUUCGGCCGGUCCUCCGUGGAGCUUUAAGCGUUGACUUGCCAGUGACGCAACGUAUUUCGCUUGACAUUCUCAAACACACAGUCAUGCGCGGCCUUUCACACCCACUUCAAUGUCUUCCGGCGUUGAUCUCGCUAGAGACGUCAGAUGAUCCUCGCAUCAGCGCCAAAGCGCUGCACAUGCACAGCCAUCUCGCAUCCAAGCAUGGGUCCAUUCUUGCCGUACGAUAUCUAGAUCAUGCUCGAGCAGCCUUCGAUUUCCAACGGAGUCAACAUCCGCAAUACAGCGCAUUGCGCGGUUAUCGAGACCCAGAGGAUCCGCGAGCCCUUCUGCAGCACUGGUACAACCUGAUUCGCGAUCGACAGCAGCCCCGAUUGGAUUUCAUCAAAGGGAUGGUCAAAGCUUUUGACGUGGAUGCCAGUAGCGAUGUCAAGGCCAUGGACGUCCUGUUUAUACGCUUUCUCGCUGACAAUUUAGCGACUUUGGAGUACAAAGGACAGCAAGAGGUGCUCCUGGCUAUCCACGAGCUUAAGAUUAUUCUCUCCGUUGGAGGGAUGCAGGCUUUGUUCACGGCACAGCGCGUGGUCCAGGAGGGUCAGUCUUCCGCCACACCAGCGGCUUCCCCUUCUAAACGCAGGCGUCAGGUUUCCGAACCCAAGACACCAUCUACCGUGGCUGGCUCCUUUGAUGACAGCCCGGGGAAGAUUUCGCAAGGCUUCGCUGAGGACUCAGAGACAGCCGAUGAUGCUUCACAGUCUUCGGAGCCAAGCAUAGUUGGCAUCCCACGGGUAUGCUUGAUAAUGGCUACUGCUUUGGCAUUACGAAACCAUCUCAAGUGGCUCUACAACAUGCCAGAAAGCAAAUGCCUCAAGUUCGUCCCUGGCAAGAAGAACAGCGCUGGCGGUGAAAAGCCAGCAGUGCAGCGUCUGAUGACAGAUCGGUCUUGGGUUUCCCUAGACCUGAGCGAGUUACCACACGCUUUCGAGGAGGAAUUGAACGAUAAGCAGAGCCUCGAAAUCAUGGAGUCCUAUCUCGACAUCAUGGCGAAUGAAGGGACACAGAUCGAACCAACCGAUGUGCCGGACAUCGACUGAAUGAUUUCUGAUCAUCAUCAAAAAGGAGCAUUCCACUUUAGUCUUUCUUAUUAUGACUGCAUACGCAAGCAAACAACACAUCAUUGCUACCCAUGAACUCACAAAAAGCCAGCAUCAUGCGUUCUUCCGAAGAACUCAUAGUAUACGUUGUAAUUCAAGCAUCAAUCGAGCAAAUAUAACAGUCGCAGAGAAUGCAAGUU